CCUUAAAAGACCAUGACCUUUGCAACGCGCACUUGUCGAAUUUCAAGAUGGACGACAGACUAUAGCUAAUAUUCCUUCUUUACAUACACGAAUAAGCGAACGUUUAAGAACUGCAAUAAGACUAUAGGAACUGUCAACAUGGAUCACUCCGAGGGGGAUGCCAGUCUUGGGGAUCACUUCAUGCAGUCGCUGUCUAGAGACUUGCCGACCUUCUCUCAUCAGCAGAGUGAUCUAGGACUGCAGAUGCUACCCCAGAGUCAGGAGAAUGCUCGAGUUUCCUAUGCUGCGGUGUACGGCUCUGGUCUCAGUUCCCAGCCUGCUGUAUCUUCCUCCAUGUACCAGGCUACCUCACAGGGAACUACACUGUUUCUCAAUAGUUCAUUGAGUCCUGGAAGUGUCCCUCAAAAUCUGAGCAAGUCAGCCACCUUGCAGGCAGAUGAACGCUACCAGCCUGCCGUGUGCAGAGCACAGCAAAUAGCACUUGUACCAUUUGGGGCCACAGACUACAUCCCAGUUCGACUUGGCCAAUUGGCUGCCAAUCUUCCCCUUCUGGCAGCCAAACUAACAGCAAACAGCAGCAAUAGUAAGGAUCCCAUGAGAUAUGUGUACCCGAUAGUGUCAGAGGCUAGCAUCAGGAGACAGACAUACAAGACAGACCUGCAUGCCACAGAACCCUUGAAUGAAUAUUCAGUAGAGGAUUUAUCAGCUGAUAUGUCAAUGGGCAGGGCUGGUAAAAUUGGCUCUAGUCAGGCUUAUAGCAGUGCAUACAUUUCAGCAUCGAUAAGAGAACAUGAAGUGCUUUCAGAAAGUGAUAGGAAAGAUGAAUCAGGAUAUUUGUUUUCAUUGGCUGGCAUGCAAGCCAAGCCUCUGGUAGCUGGUCCUGUGUAUAAGUCAAAGCUUGAAAAGGCUAUAGCUCAGAAUCAGCUGAGUCAAAUGAUGCAGAACUCAUCCAGAGAAACUAGAGAGGACCCUGAAAGUGUCGAGGCAACGAGAAUGUCUGCCUUGUCUGAAAGGGAACUCCAUAUUGAUCAGCCAUUGAACAUGAUGGAUGAAGAGAAUGAAAACACUGAAGAGCCACUUCAAAAAGAGGUUCAUACUAUGCCAAUAAGCAGCAUAAAUCGUAACAUUCAAAUAAGACAAGCUCAAAAGCCACUUCUGCAAAAGAAAACAGUACCUGUGAAGGCAAAAGAUGAACUCAGUUCCCUGCUUGGUACAAAAGUGGCAGAGAGGUACAAAAAUCUUGUUGGGGACUUGCGGACUUCGGAUCAAGAUCCUUGCAUUCUGUUCUACAACCCUUGCCCAACACAAACUGAAAGACCGAUAGUCACAGAGAAAACAUACAACGACUACGAUAUUGGAUCCUCAGUGUUAAAAGUCCUGUCUCAACUUCGAGCUGAAGAGAAAUUUUGUGACGCUAUUCUGUUUUUGGAUGAAGGAUAUGUCAAGGCACACAAGAUUGUACUCCUUGCUGCAAGCCCCGAACUGCAAAAGAAGGGCCAGGACUACAGCAACGCUGAGUUGAAGCUUGUGCUUCCAGAGGGCAUCACUAAGGCCAGUGUAGAGACCAUGAUCAACUUCAUAUAUCAUGGAUUUAUAUCCCUAUCUGUGGGAAAUGUACAGCAGAUAUACAGAUUGUCCUUGAUAUUUGGCAUGGACAGUGUAGUAAGGUUCUGCUAUGACUUCUGCAAAGAGGCUAAGUUGGGUCACCUGAUCAUUGCCAGCCCUUACCAGGAGUCUGUCAUUCAUCUAGACCGCAUAACCACUACUAAACAGAAAUUAAACAAAACCUUAGCAAACAAGACUGCAGCAAAUGGACCUUCUGAGAAAAUAAAUAACCAUUUGUUGGAAGUGCAAAAGGUCCAAGUAGAAGAAAACAGUUUUUGUGAAGAAAAUAACACGUCUAUCAAGCAAUCUGUUUCAGGGACUAUCAAAUCGACCGAGAACAAUAUUGUAGCUUCUAGAGAAGAGUUUGGCAUUGCUGAAGCAGCAAGCACAGAAAAUCCACAAUCGCAGAUGCAGGAAAUAGACUGGGUCACAAAUGAUCCUUCACAGAGCAAUAUUCCGAUACGAAAACGAGGCCGCAAUAGAAAACAUGUGUCAGGCACAUUGAUAAGGAACACUAACUCUUUUGACAUGGCUGACGGUAAGCUUGACUUGGCCAAGGAGACGUGUCAUACUGGAAGUGGAAAUGACGGCAAUGUAAAUGUUCAAACCCCAGGGACUGUAAGCACAGGGACUACAAACGUCCCUGCAUCUACAUGUAGCUCUGAACUUUUAACUGAGGCUUUAAAGGUUGUCGAGGUAUUAGAAUGUCAGAACAACCUGGAAAAUGUCCAACACAUUGUAGGAGUCAACAAGGACAAUCUGUCUAGUAAGGCAGCAGUCAAUACUGAUAAUGAACAUCAAAGAAAAAUUGAAAAUGAAGAAUACACAGAGAUGGUUGACCUGCCAGAUCCCUUGGCAAGUGGUAUUCUUGAUGACAAUGAACUUAAAAAGUCCGACUAUCUAAAUGAAAUGUUUAACGAAAAAAAAAGUGCUACCACAACACCAGCUAUAAAGGCUUUGAAACAGACAGUCACAAGGCCUUCUACACGAUUUCGUAAACGUCUCACACACUUGAGCAUUCUGGAGGUAGCUUCGCAGAAAAAAGCUAAGUCGAAUGACACUAGUGGUAAAUAUGUUAAAGUGCCUUCUUUAAGGAUCAAAACAAAGGGAAUGAAAGUUAAAGAACAUCAGACUGUUGAAACUGAUACUGUCACAUCCAGACAGGAUGAUAGACUGGCUGCCGUUGAAAUGGCUACUCAAGAAGAGCAUGAUAUUCCAUUGGGAACAAAAGAUUAUAGUAGACAUCCUAAUAUUAAUAAACAAUUGGCAUCUCCACAAAAAUGUUUAGUGGUGCACAAAGAUGUGCCCGUAUUUUUCAAUAAUAAGAAACAGCAAGACACUGGCAAUAAAGAAGAGGUUAUAAGGACACAAAGCAAAGGAAAUGAAAACCAGCCUGGGCAGAUGGGCAAUAAUGUAAGCAGUGAAAACCAUAUGGAUAAGCAAGAUGAUGAACUGAGUUAUGCUUCACCACCAAAGAAAGCAAGAUUAAGAAAAUUAACCACAGAAAUUAUUAACAUCAGUGACAAGGUGUUAAUGAGGCAGCCCCCAAAGAAGAGAAGCAAGGAGAUCAGAGAAAUGAUGAAAAUUGAGGAUGACAAGAGUUCUGGUAAAACAAAAGGAGGAAAAACAGAAGCAUGCAGUAAAAUUGCAAUAAACUUGAAAACAAACAAACAUUCUUCAACUGAAAUGUGGCAUGUUGCCAACCAAGGUAGACAUGUGGAUACAACGGCUAACAAAACUUCCAUCUUGUAUAAUUCUCAUGCUGUGACUGAGAAAGUGGCGCAGUUGGAGUUGAAGGGCUCAAAAACGACCAAUAUAAAACUGUACAGGUGUUGUUUCUGUGAUCGUGAAUUCUUGAUUGCCAAGCGAGCUAUAACACAUGUUGUUAACACACAUGAAAUUGAUCUGGAAGACAGUGUUCAAUAUAUAAAUAUUGAAGACAAAAAUUCACCCACCAAAGAUUCCAAAAUGUGUGACAUCUGUGGCUACAAAACUAAGGAGUGUGGCAUUUAUUAUAUUCACUAUCACAAAUACUUUAAACAUGGUGUACCAUUGCCAAAAGGUUGGGAGCCUUUCAGAUGUGACCUAUGCAAGAAAGAGUUCUACACAAAAUUUCAGCUUCGUGAACAUAAGCUUGUGCAUUUUGAAGACAAUCCAUUCGUGUGUGACACCUGUGGAACAAAGUUUAAAACACGGACAGCAUUAAAUAGUCACGUGUUUCACAAGCAUAAUAAAGAAAAGAAAUUUCAGUGCCAGGAAUGUCCAAAGUCAUUUAAAACACGCACUCAGAUCAAGGUCCACAUGCGAGUUCAUUCUGGAGAAAAGCCAUUUUUGUGUCCAAAACCUGAAUGUCAGUACAGGAGCACAACUCGUGGAAACAUGAAGCUGCACCUGAGCACAAAACAUAAGCUCCAGCCCAACAGUGUCAAACAGUUGAUGGAUGCAUUGAGACCUAGUGUUCCAGGAGAAUCUAAUGAAAUUGAUGUAUAUAUUGACAAUCCAGACAUGUAUGAGCAGAGCUUAAGUACAAGGUCAAAAGAUGGGGCCACUAGCUCACACUUACCGUCGGAGAUAUUAGUAUUUUCUGACAAUCGGGACCAUGGGAUGAAUAAUGUUUAUGGUGGAAAGAAUUCAUCUGUAAUGAUGUCAAGAGAAGAGAAUGGUGAUGAAUAUAGAACAGGUUUUAACAGAAAAGCAAUGGGAAGUAGCCUUAGGGAUUAUGAAGCUCUGAAUGACAGCCUGCCUAUGACAAUGUCCCAAACCAAUGAUGAAAACUCAAGUCUGAACAUUGACAAUAGUGUUGAUGUGAGUGUUCCGGGACAGGUGCAGCUGUUCAUUCAGGAAGUGGACAAGUAUAUAGCUGAACACUCGGUGCCAGUAAGUUUGACCAGUAAUGCUAAUGUACAAAAGGCUAAGGCCUUGGACUUCUACGCCAAGUAUGGAAAAAGUAGGUCAGAUAUGCCAAAGGUAAUUGAUCCCAACUCAAAGGAGGCUAGAAUAUUUCUUAAAGAAGCUUUUGAACACCCUGAGCAAACUUCUUUGCUUAAGCCCGCUCUCUACCAAAACACAAAUCACUUGGCAAACCUAAUCCAUGUUGACCAUCAGUCAGAACAAGAGACCCGGAUGUCCACAAAGUGGAAUUUCAAUGAAUCAGACAAUCUGGUGAUUGAUCUGCCAGAUGAUGUACAAGCAAGUAACUCUGAUAUACAGAAAAUCCAUUCACAACUGGAAAAUCUACGUUCCAGUUACCAGUUCAGAGACAACGUUUCAGAAGUGGACUUGCUACACAAUAUCAACACUAGUUCGCAAAGUCAAGCAUUGGACACUGGAGUCUUGAAUGUAUACCAUCAGCGCUCAGCGUCGCCUCCAGCAUAUCCAAAUUCGUCAGAGAUGAUGGUUUCCAUGAAAGCACAAAAUAAUGACAUUGUGCAACCUUCUGACCUCACUAUGGACAAUGUAGGUCAAGGUGAAGGUCAGGGUCAUCUCCGUAGCAACCAACAGCUGUUGUCUGGGACACUGUACAGCAGUAUUAACUCUCGGUCAACUUCCUCUGUCCAGUACGGUGCUGAUGGGCAGCUGUUUGAAGGCUAUUACCAGGACCAGUACGACAUUGAAAAUUAUUGAUGGUGUGUUUCCUGCUUCACAUCAAUUUUUGAGGUUUUACAUCAAAUAGCCGUUACAGAGACCUAUGCCUUUAUAGACAUAGAAGGAGGAUUAAUGAAAAUAACAUUAUUAUUUAUUUAUUUUAGAUAAUAUAUUUUGGUGCGUAAAAUUAACUUAAUGUUAUUAUCAUGUCUAAUACAAAUUGUUAAGGCAUCAUGAUGUAUUCAACAAACCUUUACAGAAGCUGACAAGUAAUAUUGAAUAUGACAAAUUACCAGUUCUGUUUUCGAUUUAUGUGAAGAGUAAAGGUACACUGACAAGCUACAAUUUCUGAAUGUUAAAAUCGAGAGUAUAAGAGUAUAUUUUUUUCACUUAAAUGAAAUGACAAAUAAAAGUUUUGAUAACAUGUUAAUGAAUUCAUAAUUGUGUAUAACCAUAACUAAUGUUUUGCAUUCGCAAGACUGUUGCUGUAAUGGACUGAGCAUGUUGUUGUUAUUAAAUGAUAUAUUUCA